AUGUUUAACAUUACUGAUAAAACUGGGCAUGUUGUUGUCCUGCUGUUUCUCGUGUGGAUGACACGCCGUCAUGUUCAGGCAGAGAUAGGUGUGGAUACUAGACCAAAGGAUGCUGCAGUUCAUGAGGGAGAGAAUGUAAUAUUCGAAUGUGAUCUCAGAAAUGUUGAUGGUUACACUAUCAUUUGGGCGUAUGAUCAGUCUGGCAGUGGGUCCACCUUGACGUAUCUUACCCGUGACAGAUCUGAUUAUGAAGGAUCUGAUCAAGCAAGCUCAGAAGUUAUGGAGCGCAUAUCUAUCGUUGGUGACGUGGAUGAAGAAGAGUUCUCAUUAAGGAUUGAGAAUGUACAAGAGUCUGAUAGUGGGGAGUAUUCAUGCCGGUAUAACCCUGCUGUUGGCGGACACCCCACUACUGCAGGUAUGGCCACGCUGGUUGUGCUGGUCCCGCCCACUCUAGACUCGCUAGUAUGUAGGGUAGACACGCAUACGGGCACUGGCAAUGCAGUUGGUGACAGGGUGGAUCUUUUUUGUUCAACAUCAGGAGGGAAUCCACUCCCUAAUAUCACCAUAACCAAGGAGGAAGAGAUAAUUGCAGAUGGCAGUCAAAUCAAGUCCGUUACCCAUCCGUACACGCUAAUUGCUGAAGAUAAUGGAGUGACAUUCACUUGUACAAUGUCAACACCUGCCCUUGAUGUACCGCGUACCUGCUCUGUUAUGCCGCUCGUGAUAUUACCCACUGUUACUAUUAGCCCACUGUCAUCUACUGUGGUAGAGGAGGGGGCUAGCAUUACGCUCGACUGUAACGCUGGGGGCGUACCUAGUGUUAUCGUCACUUGGGAAGUCUAUACAACUGAUCCUCGAGAGGCUCUGGCAUUGGAUACAUAUUCGCUAUCCAAUGAGGGCCACACCCUGUAUAUGCAAGCCAUGGAGACUAUUGUAGCGUAUUGUGUUGCCAGUGUGCCGUCUGGACUGUCCAGUAAUUCCACGGUGAGAAUUGACGUCACGCCUCGAGAGGAGACUAACACUGAGGAGAUCAACACACGGGCGUGGACCAUGAACCCCAAACAGCCGUCUUCUUCCUCCUUACACGUCACGAUUAUCAUUGUCGUAGCCGGUGUCCUGGUCGUGGGUUUCAUCAUUUUGAUUCUGCUGAUCAAACGGCAACAAAAAAAGAAAAGAAAGUCAAUGAUUCCCAUUGACCCUAAAGUUGGAUACAAAAUGCGCGAGAUUGAGGAUGACGAGGCAGGAAGACGGAACGGAACGAAAUCCAACGAUGAAGAAAUCGGUGGCCGAGACGCAGGAAAUGUCAUCCCGGAGAAAUUCCCGCACGUCCCCGCAGGAGGAAGUGCUACCAGACUCGACGGACCCGAAACUGAGAAGGGCAGACCAUCGCCAUCAUCCACGCCGCGUGGUGGCGCUGUGGAUUCACCUCAAGACAUGUCAGUCAUCUACGCUCAACCCCAGAAGAAACCCAAACACCCAAAACAUCUCGAAGUUGGAUCACAUGAGAACAUGUAUAGCACUGUUGCUGAUGGGGAGGAGGAACCAGUAGCAAGCGACUCGGGGCUACUCUAUGCUGAUCUUGACUUGGAUAAACACGGCGGUUCUGAUAAAGAAAAUGAGACACAACCAGAGGGAAUCCAUUCAAAUGAACAAACUGUUUACGCAUCGAUUCGUACUUAAAUACGGCACAACGUCGCGAGGGACUAUGAAAGUCCAUAAAGUAAUAACAGUUUUGACUUGGCUAGACCUUAGAGCCUUGUCAUACUGGCGGCAACAUUUACAGGCAACUUGGAGGCCCAAUUGCAGUGCGUGCGACAUGUUGGACCACUUGUAACACAUGGGUCAUUUUUCGAACAAUUUCUUACGAUAUCAAGUGGACAGACGUGUCCCAGUGAAUUGUGUGUGU